CCAAAGGUUUGGAAUAUCUGCAAGUUCUCAUUUAUACUAACUCACAACACACCUCAAACAUCUCCUCUCAGCCCUACCUAGAAAAAUGAGGGGUUUCAUGUGCCAGUCUGUGGAAGUAACUUCAGGAUGCACAAUUCCUGAUCCCCGGUCGGUCAUUGUUCCUAGGAGAGUUCCAGAUCGAGCUCUGGCGGAUUCUACUGGUCUUUUAAACAAAGGCAGGUACUCAAGACUCGUUGAGGCUCAGGGUAUUGGUGCAGCCACAAGCAAGAGUAGGUCAGUUCUGGUGCAUACUGAUAACAGAGGACAAAACCAGACUGCUUCAAAAGCCAUACAGCAACUGUCUUCCCUGGAUUCCUCAGAUAACGUAUUCCAGGUUGUUGUUAUGAGGGUGUCGCUUCAUUGUCAAGGCUGUGCUGGCAAAGUAAAGAAGCACCUGUCCAAGAUGGAAGGAGUAACUUCCUUCAGCAUAGAUCUGGAGUCAAAGAGAGUGACUGUGAGGGGACAUGUAUCCCCAGUUGGAGUCCUGGAGAGCAUCUCAAAGGUGAAGAGAGCUGAGUUUUGGUCUCCUCCUUGAAGAAUUGAAGAAACUGUCUUCUUUAACCUUCCUCUAGGAACUGUUUCAACCUGGUGGUCCAUCCAUUAAGAUAAGAGAAA